AUGUCUUACGCAUUAGUAAAUCUUGGUUCAACUGCCAGAAGACACAACAGAAGCCACGCCAGCUCCUCUCUUCGUGCUCCAGUUAACACAGCACUUCGAGAUCAACAACACAGAGAAUUCCCUCAUCUACUCGCUGCCUCAUUAUCCCUCAGUAAGCAAGGUCCGAGAUUUCUUAGGGACCUCCCAAACUACCACAUCAUACCUUCGACAUUAAACCUCGGAGGUACAGGGAAGGAGAGUCAUCUAGAUAAGUUUUCUUACUUCAACGACCUUCCGGUGGAACUCCGAAUCAAGAUAUAUAAAUUCGCAUGUCUAGAACCAAGAGUAGUCACUAUCUGGCCCAUCAUUGUUGAUCGCAAGCCUAAUGCAAUUAAAUAUCGGUUCGCAUCAGAGACUCCUGCAAUCAUGCAAGUCUGCCACGAAGCUCGACAGGAAUCGCAGAAGCUAGAUAUCUACACGCCAACCUCAAGUUCUCCGGGUUUAUACCCUAGUAUAUGGAUCAAGCCGAGUCUCGAUAUCGUGUGUCCAGUCCGUAAUGGUAGCGCCCUAUGGACCCCAACUCAAUUCUCGAAAUUCUGCAACAUCAUAAUUGCGAAUAGGGUUGAACGAUUAGCUCUUGAUAACUUCGUUUCCUUAGACUACAAGAAUGUGGGCGAUCUGGAUGAUUGGAAUAACUUUGACAAUUUUCCCAGGUGGAUGAACCAGAGCCUACGCGAGAUCUUCUUACACUUCGUUAAAGAAGUUCAAUAUUCGUCGUCAACCUCUCAAACUAGUCGAAUGUACCGAAAUGUUUCCCGAGCAAUGGCCGGAGGAACUCACGGUGACUGCCAUGUCGGCUGA